AUGGGACAAGUAGGAAAGUUAUCAUCUGACCUGGCAAUCACAAUUGGUGAUUGCAUAACAGCCUCAAAUGAGAUACCUCUGGUUGCCUCCUCUGGCCUCACCGUGCGUGCUGGCUCAUAUGCUGAUGAACUCGUCAAGACUGCGAAAACUGUUGCAUCUCCUGGGCGAGGGAUCUUGGCCAUGGAUGAAUCAAAUGCGACAUGUGGAAAACGCCUAGCAUCAAUUGGGUUAGAAAACACAGAGGCAAAUCGCCAGGCAUACAGAACAUUGCUUGUCACAGCUCCUGGUCUUGGGCAGUACAUUUCAGGUGCCAUCCUCUUUGAGGAGACACUUUAUCAAUCUAACACUGAUGGAAGGAAGAUGGUUGAUGUCCUUGUGGAGCAAAAUAUUGUUCCCGGAAUCAAAGUUGACGAGGGUUUGGUUCCAUUGGCUGGCUCAAAUGAUGAGUCAUGGUGCCAAGGUCUUGAUGGCCUUGCAUCUCGUUCUGCUGCUUACUAAUAACAGGGUGCUCGCUUCGCCAAAUGGCGUACAGUGGUGAGCAUUCCCAAUGGUCCAUCUGCCCUUGCUGUGAAGGAAGCUGCCUGGGGGCUUGCUCGCUAUGCUGCCAUAUCUCAGGACAAUGGAUUGGUCCCAAUUGUGGAACCUGAGAUCAUGCUUGACGGGGCGCAUGGCAUUGGCAGGACCUUUGAAGUAGCACAGAAGGUGUGGGCUGAGGUAUUCUUUUACCUGGCUGAGAACAAUGCGAUGUUUGAAGGUAUCCUUCUCAAGCCUAGCAUGUUCACUCCUGGUGCUGAGUGCAAGGACAAGGCCACACCACAAGAAGUUGCAGACUACACUCUCAGUCUACUUCACAGAAGAAUUCCUCCAGCCGUUCCUAGAAUCAUGCAAGUGACCAAUGCCCUAAUGAACACGAUUUGUUAUGAAAUGGAAACAAACACACACAAUAUAUUCUACUAGGCUAAUCAUAGAUGUUAACUUCUAAUUUUUAUUUAUGGUUGAUCAGUUUUUGUCCGGUGGGCAAUCUGAAGUUGAGGCUACCUUGAACUUUAAUGCGAUGAA